AUGUCACGACGCGUGGUGAUCACCGGCGCCGGCGCGGUGACGGGCUUCGGCCCGGGCAUCGAGCCGCUGUUCAACGCCCUGCUGGAGGGGCGCUCCUCCAUCGGCCCCAUGACGUGCGUCUCGCCGGGCGGGUUCCCCUGCCAGGUGGCGGCGGAGGUCCGCGAUUUCAAGGCGCGCGACUACGUCCCCAAGCACUACCGCAAGGCCGUGAAGGUCAUGGCCCGCGACAUCGAGCUCGCCGUCGGCGCGGCGCUCGAGGCCGUGCGGAACGCCGGGCUCGUCACCAAGGGCACAAACGAGGACGAGAGCGCCGAGGUCACGUACGCGCCCCAGCGCGUCGGGUGCCACAUCGGCGCCGGGCUCAUCGCGGCGGACGUCAACGAGCUCGCCUACGCGAUGGUCACGUCGUCCGACGGCGCGGGCCAGAUCUCCUACGACGCCUGGGGCGAGACCGGCAUGGGCAACCUCACGCCCCUCUGGCUCCUCAAGUACCUGCCCAACAUGCUCGCGUGCCACGUCACGAUCAUCCACGACGCGCGCGGGCCCUCGAACACCAUCACCUGCUCCGAGGCGUCGGGCAUCCUCUCGCUUGGCGAGUCGCUCCGCGUCAUCCAGCGCGGGGACGCGGAGAUGUGCUACUCGGGCAGCGCCGAAUCCAAGCUCAACCACACCGGGCUCGUGCGGAUGCAGUUCGCCGAGCUCCUCGCGCCGAUCGCGCUGGACGAUUUCGAGGAGAGCGACCCCGCGUCGUACUACGCGCCGUACACGGACAACGCGCGGGGCGGCGUGCCCGGGGAAGCGGGGGGGAUCCUGAUCCUCGAAGAGCUGCAGAGCGCGACGGAGCGAGGCGCGACGCCCAUGGCGGAGGUCGUCGGCUUCGGCGCGGGGCACGCGCCGGCGAGCGACGACCCUUCUGAGCGCGCCCGGGGGCUCGCCACCGCCAUCCGAACCGCGUUGAAGGACGCGAGCCUCGAACCCGGCGCGAUCUCGGCGGUCCUCCCGCACGCCUCGUCGGUCAAGAAACAGGACGAAGAGGAAAUGGCCGCGCUGCGAGCGGUGUUCGGGAACGAUUUGGAUGCGGUCCCCCUCGUGCCCGUCGUGCAGGCCAUCGGCGAGACGAUGGCGGGCGGCGGCUCCGUCGCGUGCGCCGUCGGCGCGAUGAUGCUCCGCGAACAGAAAACGCCCAAACGCACCAUCGGCGACGCUCCGGGGGGCGCGCUAGAGCACGUGCUCGUGUGCACCAAUUCGAUCGCCGGUCAGAACGCGGCGCUCAAUCAUCCCAAGACGUUCCGGGGGAAACGACCGAACGUCAUCGGCACGCUACCUCACGCCUCACGCCCAACCGGAGACAACACGAUGACCGACCGACGCCCGACCCUCCGCAACGACGAACUCGACCCGGCGCUCACCGAGGUGAGCCGAUCGGUCAUCGGGUGCGCCAUCGAGAUCCACAAGGCCAUCGGCCCGGGCUUCGACGAGGGCGUCUACGAGAAGGCGCUCAGCGCCGAGCUCGACGCCGAGGGCGUCGACCACAAGCUGGGCCACGACUUCACCAUCGAGUACCGGGGCAAGGAGAUCGGCACGCACCGCGUCUCUCUGUUUGUCGACGAUCGAUUCGUCGUGCAGGUGCUCGCGGACGACCGCGAGCUCGGGCUCAUCAUCAACUUCCACCGCCGCCGCCUCAAGGACGGCGGCCUCGUCCGCACGCUCGUGACGCUCGAACCCAACGGACAACGCGUGGUCAUCACGGGGAUGGGGUGGGUCACCCCCCUCGGGACCGAUCUGGACGGCGUGUGGCGCCGCCUGCUCGCGGGCGAGUGCGCCAUCGCGCCCGUCUCGCGCUACCGCGCCGACAAAUUCGCGACCAACUUCGCCGCCCAGGCGGAGAUCCCCUCGCUCGACGGCGUGCUCUACAACGCCGAGUCCCACGCCACGGCCCAGCCGCACGCGCUGUUCGCGCUCCGCGCCACCGCCUCCGCGUGGAAGCAGGCGGGGCUGGGUGAUCCCGCCUCCGCCGGGACGCUGCUCUCGAAGGACUCCGGCGUCGCGCCGGAGCGCAUCGGCGUCUACCUCGGCGCCGGCGAGGGCGUCCCGGACUUCGAGCGCCUCGCGCAGGUCAACCUCGAGAGCUGGGCGGAGGACCGACGCGCGGUGGACGACGCGAAGUGGGCCGAGCGGGCCCUCGCGCUGCUCACCCCGCACAAGGAAUUCGAGCAGGAGCCGAACAUCGCCGUCUCGCGCGUCGCGCGCACGUUCGGCGCGAUCGGCCCGGCCCUCAAUUGCAUGACCGCGUGCGCCGCCUCGACGCAGUCCGUCGGCGAGGCCGCGGCCCUGAUCCGCCGGGGCGACGCCGACGUGAUGAUCGCCGGCGGCGCGCACUCGAUGAUCCACCCGCUCGGGAUGACCGGGUUCAUCCGCCUCACCGCGAUGAGCACGCGGACGGACGACCCGGCGCACGCCGCGAGGCCCUUCGACUCCACGCGCGACGGCUUCGUCAUGGGCGAGGGCGCGGGCAUCGUGAUCCUCGAAUCGCUCGAGUCCGCUCGGCGUCGCGGCGCCACGCCCCUCGCGGAGGUCGCCGGCUUCGGCUCCUCCGCGGACGCGUACCGCAUCACGGACAUCCAGCCCGAGGGCGAGGGCGCCCAGGCCGCGAUCCGCCAGGCGCUCACCCAGGCCGGCCUCACCCCCGAGCAGACGGACGAAUCCGGCCGCCCCGCGGUGCACUACAUCUCCGCGCACGGGACGGGCACGAAGGAGAACGACUCCAUCGAGACCCGCGCCGUGAAGGCGGUCUUCGGCGACCUCGCGCCGAAGAUCCCGUUCAGCUCCGUGAAGUCCAUGAUGGGCCACCUCAUCCAGGCGGCGGGCACCGUCGAGCUCAUGACCUGCAUCAAGGCGAUCGAGACCGGCUGGGUCCCGCCGACGAUCAACCUCAACGCGCCGGACCCCGUGUGCGAGCUGGACUACGUGCCCAACGAAGCACGCGACUACACCGCGCAGGGCGGCGUGCACGCGGCCCUGUCCAACGGCUUCGGCUUCGGCGGGCAGAACAACACGCUCCUCGUCCGGAAGUCCCUCCUCGUGCGCCUCGCGAUCGCGUCCGCGGUGCUCUUCGCGCUCGGGAUCGUUGGCCUCGUCGCCGCGGGGUGGUACGCGAGCAAGCUCAUGCGCGAGGAGCCCGCGUGGUGGGCGGGCGCGGACGUGUCCCAGAUCGAGGACGCCCCGCGCCGCGCGCGCCUGCUCGAGCAGGGCGUCACCACCGCGCUGCACGAGCCGCGCGAGAGCGACGAGCCGUGGUCCGUCCGCAUGACCGACGACGACGUGAACGCCUGGCUCGAGCACCGCCUCGGGUCGUGGCUCGAGAACCGGUCGAUGGACCUCCCCUCCGAUUUCAACGCCCCGCGCGUCCGCGUCGAGGGCGGGCGCGUGACCGUCGGGUUCAAGUCGCCCGACCCGCGCAUCCCGGGUGUGCUCGCGGUGGAAUUCACGCCCGAGCUCACCGAAAACGGCGCCCUCCGCGCCGCCAGCCGGUCCUUCUCGAUGGGCAACAUGCGCAGGGCACGCCCCUGGAAGACGUCGUGGGCGUGCUGCUGGAAUCCGGGCGGACGCUCCCGGCCGACGUCCUGCUGA